AUGGGAGUAAUUAGCAAUGCUUUUGUCUUAACCAUUAUAUUUGUAGGAGGAUUGUAUUAUGCGAAUUGUAUCCUUGACCCAAGAAGUUCAUUAUCAAAGAAUGCAAAAAAUAUGAAACUAAAACAUAAACCAGCCCUUGUUUCACAUAGAGGGGGAAGAGGAAUUAAACCAGAAAAUACUAUUGAAGCAAUGAAGUAUAGUUAUGAAAAUUAUGAUGCAGAUAUGAUAGAAACAGAUAUUCAUAUUACCAAAGAUGGAGACUUUAUUUUUAUUCAUGAUGACACUUUAGAAAGAAUAACUAAUGGAACUGGAUUUAUUAAAGACCAUACACUAGCUGAGUUAAAACAGUUUGACUUUGGUUAUUGGUUUACUGAUGGUAAAAGAUAUCCGUAUAGAGGAAAGGGAGUUCAUUGUAAUACUUUAAGAGAAGGAUAUGAAGAAUUUAAAGAUAAAGAUACCAUUAUGUCAGUUGAAAUUAAAGACAGAGAUAUUACAGUUAUUGACAAAUUAGUAGAUUAUCUUAAUAAUCUUCCUGGAUAUGAGAAAUUUAUGUGUUUUUGUUGUGCAAAUCAUACAAUGGCUACUUAUUUUAAAGAAAAAACUAAUCAUCAACUAUGUUAUGAGGCAAGUGAAAUAGAUGUAAUUGGUUAUGUCAUUGCUACGUCAUUAGGAAUAACUAAUCUUUGGUAUUAUUUUAUUCCAAAUGAAAAUAGAUUUUUUCAUGUACCAUUCAUUUCUAUUGGAGGCAUUGAUUUUUUAAAUAAAAGGAUGUUACAAAUAUUACCAAAAAUUGAUUUAGAAAUUAUGUAUUUUACUAUUAAUAAUAAAAGAGAUGCUGCUAUUUGUAUUGGAAAGAAAUGUGAUGGUUUAACAAGUGAUAGACCUGAUAUUAUUGAAGAAUUACUUCAUUGUAUUACUGAAAGAGAAUUGGUUCAUAAUGAGAGAUUUAAUGGUGUUAUAUCAUUAGAUGCUAAAGACAUUUCAUGGGAAUGUGAAAGUAUUUAUUGUAAAUUUAUAGACUCCGUGACAUCCACAAUUCCAAUUCCAUUAAUUUUCAUUUGUAGUAUUUUUAUAAUCAAUAUUUGUUUAUUUAGUAUUAUUCAUAUCCUUGUGACCAUCCUUUCUUUACCAUUUAACUUAUUUAAAAAGAAAAUUGAAUAA